CCCCGUUUCCGCACGUUCGUACGUUCGUGAGGUAAAAAUGGCGCCGACUAAGCGCAAAGCGAUAUCUCUGGAGGUGAAGCAGCGAAUUCACCGGGAUUUCCGACAAGGAUUCAAGGUUGGUAGCCUCGCAAAAAGAUACGAGCUGUCUCAAUCAACGAUUUCUACAAUCAUCAAGGCUGGAGAUGUCUUGAAGAAGGCUGGCACCAGCGGUCACGACGACCAGCGAAAGCGGGUUAGGGAUCCUUUGUACGGCGACGUUGAAGACUCCCUGUACCAGUGGUUCUUGACCACUCGCAACCGGAACGUGCCCAUAAGUGGACCUAUUCUUGCCGCAAAGGCGAAGAAAUUUGCUUCCCUUCUGGGACGGGAAAACUUCGAACCCGGCGGAGGAUGGAUUCAGCGGUUCAAGGAUCGCCACGGCAUCGUUUAUAAAAACGUCGUCGGGGAGGCUGCCUCGCUGGACGUAAAUGCGAAAGACGAAUGGCUGGCGACGAAAUUACCCGAGCUGUUGGAGCGCUUCCAAGAAAGUGACAUUUUCAACGGCGAUGAAACAGCACUCUUUUAUGAGAUGCUGCCUACAAAGACGCACGCGCUGAAAGGUGACCCGUGCGUUGGUGGCAAACAUAGCAAGGUCCGGGUGACGGUGUUUGUGUGCGCAAACAUGGACGGUACCGAGCGUCUCAAGCCCUUUGUGAUCGGGAAAUCGAAAAGGCCUCACUGCUUUAGGAAUCAAUGCAUUCCAGUCCGCUAUCGAAAUAACAAGAAAGCGUGGAUGACGCGAGAUCUCUUUGAGGAAUGGCUCCUCGAGUUUGACGGCGCUAUGGAGAAGCAGAAGAGGAAAGUGGUGCUGCUCCUCGACAACUGCAGCGCACACAACGUCAGCCCGAAGCUAACGUCCGUUGAGGUAAUGUUUCUGCCUCCGAACACCACGGCAGGUCUGCAGCCCAUGGAUGCCGGCGUAAUCGCCAAUUUCAAGGCCCUCUACAGACGUCGCAUGCUGGAAUGGCUCAUCAUGAAACUAGACUGCUCAGGAUUGUCUCAAUACGCCGGCGGACCUCCUGACCUGAAGGUGAGCUUGUUAGAAGCGGUGCGGUUCGUGCAUGGUGCGUGGUAUGAGGUGAAGCAGGUUACACUCAAGAACUGUUUUAAAAAGGCAGGCUUCGUGCGCCACAACGCCACGGUCUCGGAAGAGACAAAUGACUUGCUCAUCGAACCUGCCGAUGUGGGUGAACUUUGGGACCACAUAGCAGCUUCCGAGGAGAACAUCGGCGGAGCUCUCUUGGGAGACUUUUUGAACGCGGACAACGCUGCCGCUUCAUGCGAGGAGUCUACUGAUGAGGCCAUUGCCGAGGAACAGCAAUCGCGACGAAAAAUCACAUCGAGCGACUGCGAAAGUAGUGACGACGACGGCGGCGACGAGAACACCCCGCCUCCAAUGUCUUCACAAAAUGCCCUGCUCUCCAUCCAGUCGCUGGUCGGUUUUGUGCACGCAAAAGGACUGCCGCCAGCGUACGCGCAACAACUGGAAGCAAUGCACACGGCAAUUGUCAAACUUCAGCUCAAGCAAGCGCAAAUUUCCGACUUUUUUAAGCAUGCUUAAAUUAUUUUAUAGUCAUUUUCGUACCUUUUAAUAAAGCCUUCGGUUUUCUUUGCCUCGGC